UGCUCAGUGUGUGUGUGUUAGGUGAAGGGCUCGCACGUGUCCCUCGAGCUGCGUACUACUGCCUCAGUGCUCGCUCCUCCUCGCUUCUCAUUCUUAAGAAAAAAGAGAGACUAGCUUUGCAGAUAUUUUAAAUACAGUCUGAAAAGUGUCUUGUGUGUUUUUUGUAGUUGUGAGAGGUUGGCCGCGGGUGUUGAGAACUGGUGUUGCAGGUGUCGUGCCCCAACGUGACAGGGAGUAAACUUCGCGGUAAUUCGCGUCCCUACACACUAACAACUAGUCAUUGACAUCUCUUACGAUAAUAGUAAUACGCAAAUAACAAAGAGGCUGGUGAACCCGGGAUGGAGGAGUACCGCGAGGCGGCCCAACACGUCGUCUCUGCGGCAAGUGGCCGCGGCAACUAGCCAGUGUGGCCGCCCUCCGCCACACUAUAUACUACUUGGACGUCCAAGGAUGUCAAGUGCCCCCAGCGCCACCUGGCGGUGAUCCUGGUGGAGCCAAGCCCGUGAGGUCUGGCAGUGUGUGAGUGACUCGGAGAGCAACAGGACAAGUGCAAGUGUGUCGACCAGAGGACAUGACCGCCAUGGCCACCUACCUCCCACUAAUCUGUCUCCUAGCAACGUUCUCCCCUCGCCCAGGUGCUGGGCUGGAGAUCCUGGGCCUGAGUCUGGAUGGCGGGUCCAAGGAGUACCUGGAGGUGGGCUCCAAGGCACAGUUCGUGCUGAGGUGCGACUACAGGACGGGCUACGACGACCCCGUGCAGCAGGUCCGCUGGUUCAUGUUCGGCUACCCGGUCUACACCUGGAGGGAACACCACAACCCCACAGUGUCGCACUCACUGCUAGGCCUGGUGGACAUCAACCCAGCGAAGGAGCCUCACAACAUCCACUUCACUCACGUUGACUACACCUUGGCUGGGAACUACACCUGCCAGGUCUCCGCCGCCACCGCCACUGUCGAAGACACCUACUCCCUCUACGUUAUAGAUGCGUCCUCUGCGCCCUACAACACUCGGGUGCAGGUGCUGAGUGUCAUCAACAACAGCAGCGGCAACCACGAGGACAACAAGUACGAGGUCACAACCACUGAACCAUCAAACAUUGUAGAGUUUGAGAACGCUGACUGUACUCUAGUGUGGUCCUUCGUCACCCCCGCCAUCUUCCCCAGACCCAACGUCACAUGCGGCUACUACUCCUUUGAUCACGACGACGUCAUCCAGCGCCUCCCUGCUGGUCUCACUAUGCACAAGUUUCCUAAUGGUUCCUGGCGGGGCUCUUUCGAGUCCACUCAUAUAGAGGUGGCCAGCAUACCCAAGAACCACCGUCUUGGGUGUACCGUCCGCAUCCCUGAAACCUCCUACAAGAAAGUUAUAAAAGCUGACGAUGACUUUAUUGUUGAUGCUCUAAUUGACAACACAGGAUGCCCGGGGCUGACGAUGGAUCAUGCCCCUGGCCUAAAUGUGGAAAUUCAAGAUGCCACUUACACUUGUCACGAUGAUGUCAUACCUGCUGAAAGGAACGGAGCAGCUAUUGCAAAGCUCAGUUGCCCAGCUGGUCAUACUGCCAAGUUCCCCGAUGGCUCUGUGAAGCGUGGUUGGCAGGUAGAGCUCAGCUGCCAGGAGAAUGAUGUUGGCUGGCGCACCCGUAGCGAUAAAGAUAAGAAAAACUUGGGCACACUCUUCGACAUUGCAGGACUACCUUACUGCGAGCCAGGAAUGUAUUCUUCAGCUUAUGGGAUUGGUGACAGUUUCUGGGUUGUCCUGUUGACGUUACUGUCUCUGGCUGUUAUGUUUGGCCUUUGACACACCCCACCACCAGGAAGCACAGUGAUGAUUAUUAUUGUUUUCAUUACGUACAGUGUUCCUUUACCCCACGAGUGGUAAUUAUAAGACAUCUAUUUAAUUAGAUAAAAAUAUUGUUGAACAUGCCAUAUCACCCUGGUGUGUAGGGGUAUGAGGGGACAGACUUGGUUAUAGUAAGCAAUAUAUGUAUCAAUACCUGGCAAAUCUUGUUACGCCUAUUCAUUUAAGUGUUCAUAGUCACCACCACUAAACAAGUUUUACACUGGACUGCAGUUGUGUGCUAACUGCUCAACUAAGAAGUUAAUUUGUCACUGGUUAUAAUGUAUUUAACAUGAAUGAGUUCUAAGUGGCUUUGAUGUGUUUUUUGUGAAUGAUUUUAGCUUGAUAACUAAUAUGGUAAAUGUAAAGUGAAUAAUAUUGCUGCUCUAUUAUGUGACUAAAUUGGACUGGUAAUUGCAGAUCAAUACAGCAGUGUGCAUAAUUCAUCAAGUGAUCACGAUUGCUUGGUUAAUUAAUUUUGUUAGCUAUGAAUAACAAGUACAUGUGCUACUUAGCCAAAUGUAGUUUGGAUUAGAUUAUGAUAAAAGUAGCAGUCAAAGUUGUGCAAGCUUAAUAUUGCCUCAAAAUCUUUGCUAAAUGAACAUUUGGCUUUGUUACAUAACAUUUCUUUAAUUUCACUGUUGCAAGAAUACAGCCAGGACAAAAUUGUCUUGAUGCAGAAUUUAUACCUAUUGCAGCACUGUUAAAAUUUCCAUCACCAAGUAAAAGCACUGACAGUGUAUGAAACUAAAGGAACAUAUAUUGUUGAGCAACUAAGUUUCUAUAAUUUUUAAAUGGGGAUAAAAGAAUUCACAGUAGUAGUUCGUUAAAUAUGAAGUGAAACACAAUGUACUGUAAUUUCGUGUACUGUAAACAAAUCCACAAGGGCCGUGACGAGGAAUCGAACCUGCGUCCGGGAGCAUCCCAGACACUGCCUUAAUCGACUGAGCUACAACAGGGUUAAAAUCCACGGCCCUUGUGGAUUUGUUCAUUUGAUACAUCACGUUAGUGUGAUUUCUGUGUGUAAAGUUAGUGUACUGUAUAUAGAAUUUAUAAGAGAUGAUGUACUUAUGAAAAUGUGUUACCUCAUCUCUGGUGGGAUAGUAUAGAAUAGCUUCUUUUCUGAAUCAUGUUAUACACAGACAAAUUAUUGUCAAAGCAAUAUAUUCAUUAUUCUAAUGUAUAUCGCUACACAUUAGCAACUUUCAUACUUUUCAGUGAUUAUGUUCAAGCUGAUGAAGAGUACUUAAAUGAGUUAAAUUAAGCAGUUCUAUACUUGUAAUUUUGUAAUGCUGUGCUAACCAUUCUCUUCAUAAGCAUCAUGCGUUUUCAAUUCUGUUAUUAUACUGUAUUUACUAUUUCAUCUGGAGAGUUUAGUUAUGCUACAACCAGCUGAUAUCUUGACUGAGCACGAAUCUGUCACGUCCAGAUCAAAGAUGCUGAGACACCUUCAUCCUUUAGUUAGAUAAAACAUUUUAGUUUUCGAGCAGAUGCAGCCAUCUCACUCUUGCAGUGUUGAGUCAGGGUGAGGUGAUAAUUCAUAUGCAUUUGGUCAAUGUCUUGUUUUCAAAUUUAAUCUCUACAGUUGCUGGAUAAAUUUUCAGAGCCUAAUUGACUUUUAAUGUUUAUGGUUGUGCAACAAGUGCAAGUCCUUAAUGACUUUGUAAUACAUUACAGGUAGUUUUGGGUAACUAUUUUUUUCAGUUGCCUCAGUUUGAUGCUGUUUGUUUAAUCUUUCUGAUGUAAUUUGUGAUAAUCUGCUUCAGCAGUGUACACUCAUUCUAAUAGUAAUGUUUCAUAUCUGCCUUUCUUACCAACUAAUAAAUUUAAAAUUAUAAGCAUUCAUUUGCAACAUCUCCUGUAGUUAAAUAUGUUCAUGACAUUAAUAUUUUGAUUCCAUACAAUGAAGUGAAGGGGAUAUAUGAACCCAUGCUUUGUACUACAUUCAGUACUAUUGUAUAAUAAUUUAAAUACUGUAGUUAUAUUUCCCCUAUACUGUACACCCGUAUUCCUCAAUCGUCCCACAUGCUCUGAGUUCUGCUUUCACAAGAGUACAGGAUUGUAUUUGAAUGUUUUCUUAUUGGCACAUUUUUAUGGAAGUUUGUCAGUCAAAUUUCAGAUACUGACAAGUUAAGAAAUAUUGUUGGAGCAGGUCUAAUAGCUCGGCAUGGCAACAAAUCUUAACUCGUCUCACAUUCUGGGUUCUCAUUAGGUUCUGCUUUCAUGCAACUGUGCAAGUUAAAACUGCUCAUGCUAGUAUAUAUAGUAAACAUGUCUGACACUUAAAAGUUACAAUUAAACUACUGUAUAGACAAGGGCUAUGUGGUAGGGUGGAAAACAAAAAGUUGGAGGAAGGUCACCCUGGUGUGUAGGGGUACGAGGGGACAGACUUAGUUAUGGUAAGCAAUAUAGGUAUCAAUACCUGGCAAAUCUUGUUAUUAGGUAAAUUAUAUCAAUAGUUUCAGUAUUAAUAUUUACAGAUUUCAGCAUAAUUUAAUAUAUUGGUCUGAAGCAAGAGGCUGAAAUAAACCAUAUACAGUAAUCACAAAAAAAUAGUAUUUACCCAAGAGCCACCAUUUAGUGGCCUCAACGGAUACAGGAAGACAGUACCAUGUGAAAGGUCACAUCUAUUAGUGUUCCUGAAUAUUUUUUCCAGUGUAUUUAAAACUGUAGUGUUGUCUUUGUUUUUAUGGGUUUAGUGAGUAGGCAAUUCUGUAGAUUAAAUUCUCCACUGGGUAAAAACUCCUUUCAUCUGUCAUGCAUUAUGGUUUGCUGUGCUUGAACCUUUCAAGGAAGUGGUCUGACAAACUGGAUUGUCUGCUAAUUUGUUGUGCAUUUUAAUGACCUUAGAUCAGCUAUGUCAUGUCUUGUUUGCAAAGUAGUUAGUCCUGAGGUUCUAAGUCUUUCUUUGUGGGAGGAAACUGUUCCUUGAUUUUUGUUACUCUACACUGACUUUCUAAUACAAUGGUCUUUUUUGAAAGAGCAGUCCCCACCCCAUCUCUGGUCUACAGCUAAAUGACCAUUUUCUUGUCAUAUCAUUCAAAGGUCUUUGAUUACUAACUAGAGUUUGAUUAUAUUUAUUGGAGCCAAUAGAGCCUCCUCCAACUGCUUUCUCGCUGUCAAUCUUCAUUUGUUUUCUUGUAUUUGACUCGCAGUGCCCACAUGGCUCCGGAGUCCUUUAAUCCAGUCCAUCCAGUGGUAGUCAAAAUUCAACAUUGACCUUAUCUCUUAUCGUUUCUUAUCUCCAGCAGAUUUAAGACAGUUGAGUUUUGCUAGGUUCCCAGCCAUAUUGGUGUUUCCUUCAAUGAGCAUGCGGAUGCUGCCGCUAAGGAGGCUAUCUGCACUUGUCCCAUUUCCUGCAAAGGUGUUCCUCAUUUCGACUUCUGCCCGGUUAUUCAUUCCUCAAGCUGUGCCCGUUGGCAGGGUCGUUGGUCUUCUGUUACCGAUAACAAACUGCAUGCACUUGAGGGUAGUGUCUCCCCAUGACCCUCCUCCUACCACUACAAACGGCGGUGGGAAGUGGCUCUAGCGAAGUUACAUAUUGGCCAUACAUGUUGAACUCGCAGGCACUUUAAGGAGCAGGGUGGCGGUCCAUUUUGUCCAAACUGCAUUGUCUCUCACAGUUGUGCAUAUCCUUGUUGAAUGUCACAACUUCCAGGAAGUGCGUGUGUUUUGCUUCCCAACCGUCCCUCGCUGUCACGUGUCCCUCGAUAGAAUCCUUGGCGAAUCAGAUAUUUGAUAUCGUUUGCCUUGUGCACUUUUGUUUUAGUAUUGGCAUCCUUAGUGAUACUUGGCACCUUUUGAAUAUCCCACACAUCUGAUGGUGCUUCAUAGUCUUCCCUGGCUUGGCACCGUUUUAUAAUUACUUUAGCAGUUUCUACAUUAAAAGUUUGUGUACACGUGUAUCCCACGUGAACAAUCUCCCAUCAAACUGCCUUAUGUUAUAUGCCUGAAGUACAUUUAGAUUUAACAUUUAUAUAUGCACACCAAGAUCAGGCUGACAAAAAAAAGGGGGGGGGGGAGGAGAGACGAGUAAUGAUACUGUAAAUAGUAGUUGGCAGGCCACAGUUUUGUAACGCGUGGUGUUUCCCUUUUUCUUAGCUUAUUCAUCCAGUUAUUAGCCAGACCAGUGUAUCAGAAUGACACGCUUGCACAUCUACAACAUUUGACCAUCAGUAUAUAGUACACUCAUGUCAACCCUUGCUCUCAUUCUUGACAUGUCAAACAUUUUACUGUUCUUUUGGUGCAAUAAAUGACAUGCAUAAUACAUGGAACUGACUAUUUGUACAACUAAAAUUUUGGAUUUCUUGUUUUUAAUAAACCUAAUAAGUUUAAGAGCUAGACUUAGUGAAUCUUACUAUUCAUUCUACCAAAGAAAACAUUAAUACUACACUUAUAUAUUAAAUUUAUAUCUGUUCAUAAUCUACUGUAGAUUGAACCGAGAAAUUAAAUGUCUAGACGAGAAUUUUAUUAACGCUUUGUGCCAUAUUUGACUAAUACCUUUAUGCCCAAGAUGGUUUUCUUUACUGUUCUUAAUAUAAUAUUUUUAAAAUUACUUAAAUAAACAUUAAACUAUAGUACUGUAUGUAUUUAAGGUGAGCAUAAAGGUGUUUCACCAAGACAUUAAGUGAUGCACAUUGUGAAGCAGGGAAUGUUACAGGCACAGCUAAUUAACUUUCCACAAAUUACUUACUGUAAUAAAAACUGUUAAUAGUGAAUCAUGUACUGUAUAUAUAUAAAACCUGCAGUAAGGAUACUUUUUCCUCUUUAAUAAAGGCAAAUAUAUGUAUUUAUUAGUGAAUUAUCUUUAUGUACCUGGGAGAGAUUUAUAAAAUACAUUGAAGAUU